AAUUGUUGUGAUAAACUUAUUAAAUAGAUCUGAAAAUGUCUGAAUCAGAAAGUGGAUAUUCAGGAAUCUCAAAUGAUCAAGCCGCUCUGGAUGAUAUUAAUGAAUUAUCAAAUGAAGAUCUUCAACAAAAAACGCAUGAAGCGUUGCGCUUUAACCAGCUGUUGCACAAUGAAACUGUUAUGUUCGAGACCUUUCUGAAACGAGUGGACCCAAAAGAUUUACUAUCUGGUGCAAUUGCAGCUCCUGCACAGACCGGAGGAGGCUUUGAGGGACGCCGGAGAAGAUCGAAGUCAAGGAGUAGCAGUACAGACCGACUUGCGAAGUUGGCGGCCGAGCAGAAGUUGGAGAUAGCACAGAAAGAGUACGAUGAGUUGGUGGAGGAGCAGAAACAGUUUGAGGAAGAGGCAGAAAGAGACAUUGACUCCCACAAUGCGAUCUUCCAAGAAAGUAAAGAGUCAAUUGAAGAGCUGGUGAAAGCACAGCGUGAGUUCGACCGAGAAAUUGUGAAGGGAGCUGUGAACAACAGAACUGGGCUGAUACUGGCUGAAAAAAUUCAGAGACAUUUUGAUGAGAAGCUGCGAGCUAAAGAUGCAAUGAUUGACAAGACGCGACUGAAGAAUAAUACUCUAAAGGCAUCUGUGAAGAAGAUGAAGCAACAACUGAAACAGAAAGAAGAAAUGGGCGAGAUUCUGUCUGUAGUGGACUUCAAGCAACUGAAGAUUGAGAACCAGCAGUACUUGAACAAAAUCGACGACAAAAACCAAGAACUGCUCAGACUCAAACUCAUGGCUGGCAACACUAUGCAAGUCCUCAACAAAUACAAGACGAAGCUGAACAAAAUGACGGAAGAGAAUAAGCAGCUGAUCGAUGACCUCGAGAAGAGACAUAUUAUGCUGGAGAGCAUCACCAAAGAGAGUUCAGGAGUGGAGAAGGAACAAGAGAAAGCGUACGAGGAAAACCAGCGUCUGAGGGGCCAGUUGGAGAAUUUCCGGGUGCCGGAAGUGAUAGAGUACGUGCGGGACAAGGCGGAGCUGACUGAGUUGAAGGGAGUGGUGCGCAGCUGGGAAAGGAAGGUGGAGAUUGCGGAGAUGUCCCUGAAGACUCACCAGAAGACAUGGCAGCGCAUCAAGGCCGCUACCAAACCCUCGGAACUGCCAUGGGCUCAACUGAUGGGCGAAAAGUAAAAUUAACCGGCCAACAAAUAGGCAUAAUAUCUGACAUUAGAAACAAGAUAUUGGCUACAAUGAAUGCGAAUUGAGAAAUAACGAACUUUAUUUCAUGGUAAACUAUCAAAUAUGUAAGUUUCAUGGAUAUUGUACAUACGUAAAUUACUAAAUUCAAUGUUGAUAAAAUCGACUGUAGAUUAAAUUGUUGAUAAAAUCGACAAAAUCUAUCAAAUAUGCAAGUUUAGUGGAUAUUGUACAUAUGUAAAUUACGAAAUUCAAUAAAAUCUAUUGUAAAAUCAA